AGUCAAAUAACCCUUGUUCCUUCAAUUUUCACUCAAAACUCUCGUCGACGACCAAAGUAAAUCUCGGCAUCGAUGGCUGAACCAAGCAUUAGAGAUCUCACAGUAGCUCUCGGAGGCAAGCUAUCACUAACGGCUGAGGAAGAUGUUGGGCUAGAUCUCGAUGCUGACGAGCAGAACAAUCAGUCGAUGGGGGCGGCAAAGUGGUGUCUGGUUGGCACACUCUUGAUAAGGAGGCGAUACAAUCUGGAAGCAUUGGAGAAUACGCUAGCCAGUGUAUGGUGGCCUAUAAAAGGUAUGCAUAUGCGGAUCUUGGGUGAAAAUCUCUUUGCCUUCUAUUUCUUUCAUCCAGUCGAUAUGCAACGGGUGUUGGCAAAAGGCCCUUGGCAUUUUGUCAACCAUACCAUGAUCUUGAAGGAGGCACACGGAGGUCGACAGAUAAAAAAGGAGGACAUGUUUGAAGUCCCAUUCUGGAUUCAAAUUCAUGGAGAUGGGGAUGCAUGGGGCUCUGAGUUUAUCCGAGUGAGGGUGGACAUUGACACCAAGAAGCCGCUUCGAAGGGGGAUGAAACUCUCACUAAAGGACGAACCGAUUUGGGUAUCUUUUCGUUACGAACGCCUCCAGAAUUUCUGUUAUUGUUGUGGCAAGUUAGAUCAUGUAGACCGAGACUGUGAGUUGGGACUAGAGAUGGACAUCGUGGGCACAAUGAAUCGACCAUAUAACGACACACUCCGAGCAGUAUCUCAACGGGCACAACUAGCUAAGUCUACUAGCACCGGAAAGUGGCUUAGAGAUGGCUCCGGUAACUAUGUGGUGGAGGAGGCGCGAUGGCGACGAGCAAGGCCAAACAUGGAAAGUCCACGUGCAUGGGAUACUCAAGAAUCUCACAAAGGGGGAAACAGCCGUGAUCGGUGGGCUGAAGGAGCGCAUAUGGGAGCAAAUCACGGAAGAGAAUGUUAUGGAUUGCAUUCAUUGGACUUUAAUGUAGAGGAUGUGAUCCACAAUAUUAGCCCGAGAUUGAUACCUUUAUCGACGGGAGGCGAUGUACGUAAGGAAGUAAAUGAUAACACAAGGAGCGGAAAGACUAAUGGGGACAUGGGGAAGCUGAUGGAGAAAGCUCUUGAGUGGGAAAACAUACAAAAAAUUUCAAGUUCCCAACCGGAUGCUAAUGGCCCACAACUAGAUGAUGCUAGACAAACCCAUAUGUUACAAAAUCCAGCCCAAAAUGAUCAAGGUAAGGAAUUGAGCCCAGUCUUUACUUUUACCUCAAAGCCAGAUGCGGAAGGUACUUCUAUGAAAACUAGAGCUUGGAAGAAGGAGGCAAGACAUCGACGAACGACAACCAUGGUAGUGUUCUUGUGUGAGACACUAUUGGACAAGAGGAGUAUGGAACGGGUGCGGAGAAGACUGGGCUUUCAAAACUGUUUUACUGUUGAAAGAGUUGGACGUAGUGGAGGUUUGGCAAUGAUGUGGGGUAAAGAUGUGCAGCUCCACCUGAAAUCUUAUUCCACAAACCAUAUUGACAUGGAGGUUCAAGCGGUUGGUGGUACCAAAUGGCGUUUUACUGGUUUUUACGGCUAUCCGGAGAGGCAUAACAGAAGGAAGUCUUGGGUGCUAAUACGAGAACUAGCAGGUAAAUCCUCAUUUCCAUGGCUGAUUGGUGGUGAUUUCAAUGACAUCUUAAGCCUUGAUGAGAAGGUAGGAGGUGGCCCUCAGCCAGAUUGGAUGUUGCGAGGUUUUCAGGAAGUCAUUAAUGAUUGCAAUUUAACAGAAAUACAAAUGGUGAGGGGUUGGUUUACUUGGAGGCGUGGUCGGACUGAAGAAAAGCUAGAUCAUUGCUUGGGUACCAUAUCAUGGAGGAAUCUUUUCCCACUUGCAAAGAAAAGAAGGGAGACACAGAGUUGCAUGAAACUGUUUUGCACAUUGGAGGAGAAGCCGCCCGAAAACCUGUUCUGCACAGAAGGAGAAGGACAACCGCACAAAUCUGCUCUGCAAAUUGAGAACGCAAGACCCAAAUCAGUUUGCAGAAGAGCCACGCUGCCGCCCAGCCUUCUUGGGAGAUCCUGACCACAGCACACCAUUCGGCAAAUUGCAAUUCUUCAUAGUUUGGGUUUUGUUGUUUCUAAAUUUUUUUAUUAUGAUUUUCUGCUGGGAUUUAUUUUUCAUGGCGGUUGAAAACAUAUACAUGUGUGGCUAGAAUUCUUUGAACUA